GAUUUACGAUUGCAACCCGAUUCUUACCCAAAUAGACUGCGAUUUGGUCCACUCUCCCUCUCACACCGAUCGUAUCUCGGUGCUCCAUCGGCGAUGGGUUCACUGAAAAUGGAAGACAUGUCUCUGCCCACCCUCUUUGAGCAGGCUCGCAAAAUUCACCUCCUUGCAAACGAUUCUGCCGUCGAAAAGGAGACAUUGAGAAAGAGCUGCGAAGCAUUACAACGAUGCGAGGAAAUGAUUAGCAAAUUAGGGUUGUUUUCAACUAACGAGACCAAGGAAGAAAUCGGUACUACAAACCUUAAGUAUAUUCUGGUGCCAUUUUAUCUUGCUGAAUUGAUGGAGAAGACUGGAUAUGAUAACAGGAUAGAGGUUUUGAAGGUUUCUUUGGCUAAGUUAAAGGAAUUUAUUUCAUUCUGUGAUGCAAUGGAGCUUGUACCUGAAGAUGAGUUGGAAGCAUCUGUACAUGGAGGUCCAAAUACUGUUGUAGAUAGGAGGGCUAAGAAGAUUGCUCGGUUCAAGCGCCAACGUGCUGCAGAAUCAAAGCUCUUAGAAUUGAAAGAACGGAAGGAACGACGUGGGAGGUCAACCAAAGCAGCAGCCCUAUCUACUCCUGUUGAUGCUGGAGAUGAUGACGUGUUCGAUGAUGAUGGGGAAGAAGAAAGAGAGGCAUGGCUUGCUUCAAUCUCGUUGGCUAUUUACAAGGCUCUUGAUCUAAUGGAAAUGAUGAAGAAAGAGGAGGAAAUGCUUUCAGCAAUAAAGGAAAAGCAAGAGAAGGAAGGAAAUACCGAAAUUUCACAGGCCAUUCUUGAGGAACGUGCCAAGACUGUCGAAGACUGGCAUCGUAAUGCUGCGGCUCGAGCUCGAUACACAAAACCAGCAGCACCAAUUACAUGUGCUACUUUUGCACAAGAUGUUUUAGAGGGGAGAGCUAAUGUUUCACAAACACAUGAUCACAAACACCAACCACUAAUGUUUGGACCAGCUAGUCUUGUGGGUGGAGGCCUAACAAGUGAAAGGGAAAGAAUUGCUGCACAGGUUUUCCAACCUGGUCACAGAAUGCCAACGAUGAGCAUAGAAGAAGCUGGAUUGAAGGAGAUGGAGAUGAUGAACAAAUGGCAAGAGAAUACUGCUAAAAUGAUGGAAGAAGCUAAUUCUUCGUGGCACACUGAAAAGUGGAAACCAAGAGCAGGUGGUGGUGAUGACGAUGAAGAUGAAGACGAUGAUGCUGCACAAGAUAAGGCAAGGGCCUUUGAUGACUGGAAAGAUGAUAACCCUCGAGGUGCAGGAAAUUCAAAGCUCACUCCUUGUGGCUAGACUCUAAAUAUUAUUUCAUGAUGAUGUACCAUUGGGCACCAGCUGAGAUAGCCGUAUGUACCAUUGAGGUUGUUUUUAUCAAGAUUGUGCAUCACAAAGUUGUACAAAUUCUUUGCUGAACCCUCUAAACCCAAUACACCUUAAAGAUCUGCUGUAAUUGUUAUCUUCUGAAUGCAUUUUAUCGUAUGAGAUUUGCUU